UUGUCCAGUGAUAUCAAAAGAAAAAUAUAUCAGCUUUUUACUUAGUAGACAGUGGUGGACAGUUGGACACUUUAAUUAAAUUAUCAAUCAUCUAAUUUUAAUCCUCCUUCAUUGAUUGAUACCUGAUGCUUUUAUUCAUUUUAAAAUCAAGUUUAUUCUCCUGUUCUCCAUCAAUUUCAUCAACCAGAUUCCAACUGCACAUGCGUGUAUGUGUUGUAAAUCUCAUCUUCAAUACCAUUGGUCAAAAUGAUACUUUGUAAACGGACAUUCACAUCAUCAUCAUCAUCAUAAUGACGAUUGACAACUGGUGGGGACUAGUGGGGACGUGGUACCCACGUCGUUUACUUUCAUAAUACACUUUCAGUCUUUCCUAUUGGAAAUUUUUUUUUUAAAGAAAUAUAUACUGUAUACAUUGUGGUUAUAUAUUUUUCAUCUAUUUAUCUAGUGUUGAUAGUUUUGAUGGAAUAAUAGACAAUAGUUACAAGUGACGUGUAGCAACGUGUAGUGUCACUGACACAGAUGUUAAUGGAUACUAGACACUUCAUAAUGUGCACCCGUGAAUAAUCGCAUCAUCAUCAUCAAAACUACAGUUAUUGACUUGCUCGGUGUAUGAUGACAAAUCAAAAUUACAAAAAGUUGUAUUAAUCAGAUUUAUGUGUGCAAAAAAAAAAAUCACAAUCAGCAGUUAGCAAGAAAAAAAAUAAACACUCAUUAUAAAAAUUAAAAAGGAAUGAAAUUAAAUUUUCCAUAAUUAAAAAUAAGAAAAAACAAAGUAAAUUAUUAAAUAUGUUUCGAUCAAAAAUACGUAUUCAUACAUGUCAAGUAAUAUUAUUGACAUCAAUGGUAUGGUUUUUAGUUGAUGUUAUUGUAUUAAUGUUAUACUCAGAUUGUAUUAGUAGCAAUGGCUGGGGUUGUACUGACAAUAAACAAACAACAAAUGAAAAUGACAAUAUUAAUUUUGCUGAAUUAAAAAAUGACAUUGAAUCAUCAACAAAACAUGAUCGUUAUCAUUAUAAACAAUUUGAAUUACAAUUAUGGAGACCAGCAAAAGUAAUACGUGAAAGUAAAGAUAAACCUGGUGCAUUAGGUGCUGCUGUUGAAAUACCACCAGAAGAAAGUGCUAAACAACAAGAACUGUUUAAAUUAAAUCAAUUUAAUUUAAUGGCUAGUGAUAUGAUUGCAUUAAAUCGUUCAUUAAAAGACGUACGUUUAGAAGGUUGUAAAUCUAAAAAAUAUCCAAAAUAUUUACCAACAACAAGUAUUGUUAUUGUAUUUCAUAAUGAAGCAUGGAGUACAUUAUUACGUACUGUUUGGUCUGUCAUUAAUAGAUCACCACGUGCUUUACUUAAAGAAGUUAUACUUGUUGAUGAUGCAAGUGACAGAGAACAUCUUAAACAAGAUCUUGAAGAUAUUGUUAAAACUUUACCAGUUCCAACUUAUGUUUAUAGAACAGAAAAACGUUCUGGUCUUAUUAGAGCACGUCUUCUUGGUGCAAAACAUGUAAAAGGUCAAGUUAUAACAUUUUUAGAUGCUCACUGUGAAUGCACAGAGGGUUGGCUUGAACCAUUAUUAUCAAGAAUUGUUGAAAAUAGAAAAACAGUUGUUUGUCCAAUUAUUGAUGUUAUUAGUGAUGAUACUUUUGAAUAUAUAACAGCAUCUGAUAUGACAUGGGGUGGCUUCAAUUGGAAACUCAAUUUUAGAUGGUAUCGUGUUGCACAACGAGAAAUGGAUAGACGUAAUAAUGAUAGAACAGCACCAUUGAGAACACCAACAAUGGCUGGUGGUUUAUUUUCAAUCGAUAAAGAUUAUUUCUAUGAAUUGGGAUCGUACGAUGAAGGUAUGGAUAUUUGGGGUGGUGAAAAUCUCGAGAUGAGCUUCAGGAUAUGGAUGUGUGGUGGGUCAUUGGAAAUAGCAACUUGCUCUCAUGUUGGACAUGUUUUUCGUAAAUCAACACCGUACACUUUUCCUGGUGGUACGAGUAAAAUUGUUAAUCACAACAAUGCCCGUCUUGCUGAAGUAUGGUUGGAUCAAUGGAAGUACUUCUAUUACAACAUUAAUCCAGGAGCUCGUAAUGUGCCUGUUGGUGAUGUUUCGAAACGAAUUGAAUUACGAGAAAAUCUUAAGUGUAAAAGUUUUAGAUGGUAUUUGGAAAAUAUUUAUCCUGAAUCACCAAUGCCACUGGAUUAUUAUUACUUGGGUGAUGUUAAAAAUAUUGAAAUGAGAACUUGUUUAGAUACAAUGGGUAGACGAACAAAUGAAAAUGUUGGCCUGAGUCAUUGUCAUGGUCUAGGUGGUAAUCAAGUGUUUGCUUACACAAAAAGAAAUCAAAUUAUGUCUGAUGACAUGUGUCUUGAUGCAGCAAGUGCACAAGGCCCAGUUAAAAUUGUACGUUGUCAUGGAAUGAGCGGAAAUCAAGCAUGGACAUAUGAUAAAGAUACAAGGAUGAUUAAACACAACAACACUGGUUAUUGUUUAACAAUACCAAAAACAGGAGAUUCAUCAAUGCCUGUAUUGUCACCAUGUGAUACUCAUGCACUUCGACAAAAAUGGAUAAUGCAAAGUAAAUUUAAAUGGCAAGCAAGCUAAUACUUGAUUAAUCAAGUGUAAUAUUUCACGCAAUAAUUGUUAAUGUAUUUUAUCAAAUUCUAAUACCAAGGCAAGUCCUUGAAUAACUUUGAGAGCGUGAUAAAUUGAGUGUAUUUUGUGUGAAUGAUUUAUUUCAACUUGUUGAUUAGUUAUGAUGAAUAUUUUUUCUUCUUCCUGCAAAUACUGGGUACAUUCCAGGGUAGAGUAUGUAAUGCCUUCCUUUUUUUUUUUUUAAAUAGCAUUAUUGUACAUAAAAUGACCAUAAAAAAAAAUAAUACCACUUUUAUAAAUUACAUUUAUCUCUACAGUAUGUAGAUUUAUAUACGAUAGUCUAAAUAAAAUAUUUGUUUUUCAAAGAUAGAUAAAAAAAUGCAUAUCAAAUCAUUGUUGAAUUAUUAUUAACAUAAAUUAUCUAUUUAAAAUUCAUAAUGGAAAAGUGCAAUGAGUCAAAUAGAUAUUACAUUAAAACAUUUCAAUAAUAAUAAUUGCUUAAUUUUAUAAGAUUUUUAAAUAUAUAAAUUUUUUUAAUAAUAUUAAAAUAAAUAUUGAUUUUUAAUGAUCCAUAUUCAAUUGCAUUUUUUUUUUUUUUUUCUUUUUUGUUAUCUAGUUAUCACAUUAAAAAAAUUUGAAUUUUUUCACGAUUAUAAAUAUGGACAACUGUACUUAAUAAUUUGAUUAUUAAUUUUGACUACUGGAUGAUAAAUUGAAAAAAAAAAUAUAUAUAUAUAAUAAUUUACUCCGUCCUCAUGUAAAAAAAGAAAGGAAAUUUUAUUGACUGAGUUCUUUAAUAUUUAAAUAUUGUCUACAUAAUUUUUGUAUGGAAUGAGUGCAUUGAAUUAUUGAAGUUUAAAAAUAUAGCUUUGUGUUAAGGUGACAGUAUUUAUUUUUGUACAUCAUCAAAUUGAGUAAACAUAUUAGAAGAAAAGAAACAAUUUUUGUUACAAGUGUUUGCGUUUUGUAAAUUCAUUAAAAAUAUAUUAUUAACUUGGGGAUAUAAAAAUAGUUAAAUAAAUGCUGCCAAAUUGUCAAUUAUUAAGUUGUAAAAUCAAGAAACAAAAGUACCCAGUUGAAAGAUAAAAAAGAACAACAAAAAAUGAACAAUAAAUUUCUAAAUAAAAUCAAAUGAAAUUAUUGUAAAUUCACAUUGUAUAUUUUAAUUGUUUUAAGAUUUUUAACGUCAAGAUAAAUCCAUACUAACAUUUUUUUUAUAAUAUAUAAACAAAAAAGUACAACAAUAUGGCAGUAUUUAAUUUAAUUUUAAAAGAAAUUAUGCAAAACAUUUGAUGCAAAAUAAAUAAAUAUAUCUUUCUCUAUCGCUAGUAUAUAAUGUACAUUAAUGUGAAUUAAUUUCACAAAUUAUUCAAGCUUGUGUACAGAGAUUUAAUAUCAAACAUUAUUACAACAAUUUUGUUAUAGAAAAAUGAUAAUUAAUCUUUUAUAAAUAAAGUAAAAUUUAAAAAAUUUA